GAUGUGAUUUAGCAGCGUUUAUGAGGACAGAAGGGAAAACCCCAGCCCCAGACCAGUCGCCACCGCCUAAGGGCCCGACCCACCCGCGUGUCCCCGCCCCGCGCGCGUCUCCUUCCGGAUGGGAGCGGGGAAACCCCUGCACGGCCGCCUCGCCGCGCAUAAAAGGGGCGCAGCUGCUGGGGAGCCCCAGUCCAGCCCGGGAACCCCAGUCCAGCCAUGGCCCGCGCCUUCCCCAGCGUCCUGCGCCCCGCUCCGCUGCUGCUGCUGCUGCUUAUGGUGGACGCCGUCAGGAGAGCCGCAGGAGCGCCUGCGACCACCGAGCUGCGCUGCCGCUGUCUGCAGCCCGUGCGCGGUCUGCACCCCAAGAACAUCCAGAGCGUCGCGGUGACGGCGCCGGGACCCCACUGCCACCAAACCGAAGUCGUGGCCACGCUCAAGGACGGUCGCGAAGCCUGUCUAGACCCGGAGGCCCCCAUGGUGCAGAGAGUCCUGCAGAGGAUGCUGAGCAGAAGCAAAGCCACUUGACCCCAGAAGACCGGAAGCCGUGCUCCUGCUUCUGAGGGGCUUCUCAAAGCACUCAAAGGGAGAGAGAGACAAGAUAACACCAGGCGUGCCAGGACUGUGCCCAGCAUCUGUGACCAUUUCUUAUGAGAGUUUUUCUUCUAUUUAUUUAUAUAUGUAUUAAUUUAUUUUUCCAUGCUUUUGCAUAUUUAAUAUUUAAAGAUGGGGUGGUGUUCGAUUUUCUGAUAUGUUAUUGUAUUGUUAUUUUAAGGGGCAUUUUUGAUGUUACACUGAAGUUAUUUUAGUACUGACUUCCUUAGUUUGAAGAUGAUGGAUGUGAAGUAUUUAUUCAGUAAACUUGUGGAGCACCACACAAGCCAGGUAGAAGAUGCAGAGAAAUAAUAAGUUCCGUGCUAACCGGGGCAUGUGCGUGCACCGCUGUUUUUGUAACCGUGAAGAUGAAUGUGAAUGUCAGCUGUUAUUUAUUACAAUACUUUCCCAGUACGAAGUCGACAUCUCUGAUGUUGAAGCCUUGAGAACUACAAUGUUCUAAUUAUCCCUUGGACAUUUUAUGUCUUCUUUGUAAGGCACAAUGCCUUGUUUAGCCAUAACUGUGCACUGUUUCUCCUUGUUUUGGAAUAGAACUAUAUUUAUUGGUAUGUUUUUAUAAAUAACGUGACAAUAAAGCUUCUACAAAAAUAUCUUGCUUA